AUGAACCCAACUCAGGAUCUUCGCAAAGUGACAAGAUGGCUCCAAUGUCCUAUAGUCUAUAUCCACGUAGGCUCCUCAUCCCAAGAAUUCGCCGUCCAUAAAGAUCUCAUAUGUUACACCUCCCCCUUCUUCCGGGCCGCUUUCACAUCUGGAUUUCAGGAGACAAACACAGGGACCAUGAAACUUCCCGAAACAGAUACGGAAAUCUUUGAUUUAUUCAUGGGCUGGUUGUAUACCCGGGAACUCAUGGCGGAGAGUACUUUAGGUAUUGAAGAUCCCAUCGAAAGAAGUGGAAAGAAUAAGUGCAGUGAAGAAGACCCACCAGAAAGGAACGAGACAUUUAAGAGAAAAAUCCAAGCACUUAUGAACGCUCUAGAAAACGAAACAUGGAAAAGCGAGGCCGAGACACUUUUCGAAGAUACUGUCGGAAAAAGAUUCCUCGAUAAUCUCGCUGCCCAAGUUAACAAGGAAGUGAACAAUAAAAUUUACACUUCCAUGAGCAAAACACUAGGACUCUAUAUUUUCGCGGAUAUGGCUCAGAUACCUGCUCUAAAGAAUUGCUGUAUCAAAAAGUAUGAUGAGCUCCGUAGGGGUAUCAAAAAUCAACAUGAUGGCCAUGAUCAUGAUCAUGAUGAUUUCGGCAUGACUCUCGGAUCAAUCUCAAACAUGUGGAAAAAUACGAGGGAUUCGGAUUUAAUGAGGAUGUAUCUACUUGAUUCGGUAUCGUGGAGAUCGGAACCGAGUAUUCAGGAGGAAGUCAUUAGGAAGAGGGAUCGUGGUAGUCAGGUGGAUGAUUUGGAGAGAUAUUUUGAAAAGGUCGAUGAAGAUUCUUAG